AUCACAGUUGAGGGGUUUAAAAGCUUUGAGCCAAAACAGAAUUGAAAUUGAAGACACUGAGAAAACCUGACUGCGCAGCCUGUGCUCCUGGGGACCUCUUAGGACCCCCGGCCUGCUACUCACUGCAUCAAGGCCUACCCACCGACCCCAUGCCGGGAAAUCCCCGCCUUCUGUGGCUCCUGGCUGUCACUUUCUCCUCGGUUCCCAGAGCGCAGCCCUUGGCGGGAGACGCGGAAGAGGAGCAAGAUGAGACACCUCUGCCGGCUGUCCCCUGCGACUACGACCGCUGCCGCCACCUGCAGGUACCCUGCCAGGAGCUGCAGAGGGCCGGCCCGACGACGUGCCUGUGCCCUGGCCUCUCCAGCGCCACGCAGCCGCCCGAGCCGCCACGCCUGGGGGAAGUGCGCAUGGAGGCCGAGGCGGGCCGCGCCGUGGUGCACUGGUGCGCCUCCUUCUCCCCGGUCCACCAGUACUGGCUGCUGCUUUGGGAAGGCGCCGGGGCUCCGCAGAAGGGGCCCCCCCUCAACUCGACGGUUCGCCGAGCGGAGCUGAAGGGCCUGAAGCCCGGGGGCGCAUACGUCGUCUGCGUGGUGGCCUCCAACGCGGCCGGGAAGAGCAGCGUGCCCGGGGCCGAGGGCCUCGACGGCGCGGGCGGCCCCGCCGUCGGGCCCUGCGGCCGGCUGACUGUGCUGCCGAGGCCACUCACGCUGCUGCACGGGGCCGUGGGCGUGGGCUCGGCGCUGGCCCUGCUCAGCUGCUCCGCCCUGGUCUGGCACUUCUGCCUGCGCGAGCGCUGGGGCUGCCCCCACCGAGGCCGCCCGAGCGGCGCGGGACUCUGA